GCCCGGCCAGGGAGUGGGCUCGCAAGAUGGCGGCGCGGUGGGGAGCAGGCGAGGAGAUCCUCACAGCGUGCACUAUGGACUUUUUCCCCCUGGAAACACUAGACGAGGCUCCUGGGCUGAGCUCUGUAGAAUCUCUGGAAACCCUACAGAGCUGCUUAGACCCCUCCAUCCGCUCCAUCUUUGAGGACAUACCACCAGUAGAGUCUAAGGGACUGGAUGACGAGAGUGAGGCCAUGUUGCUGACAGUCCUGACAGAAAUGCUUGACGGUGUGGACGACGAAACACUCUCACCCUUUGACACGCUGCCUGAAACGGACCUGCUUUCAAAUCAGAGGGGCGGGGAACUCUCUCCGCUGAAGAGAAUUCUGUCUCGGUCCCCUCAAGAGAAAAACCCACUAUGUAGUGCAAGAACUUUAUCAACUGGAAAGAGCCGAUCCCGGAUACUAGCAGGCUCUGUCCAGAGGAGCGAUGGGGAGGAAGAGGAGGAUGGAUCCCUCACUUUGAGCCCAGAUAGGCUUCUUUCAUCUCCCGGCAGUGAUCUCCUAGACUGGGGAGGUCUGACCCUGCCUCUUCCUGUGGGGUUUGAGCAGGAGGGUGAAGACGGGCUUUCAGUGAGCCUCGGCGACCUGGUCAGACAUAUGCACCCGUACUGCAUGUCCAUAAGUGUGGAGAAUGAGCAGGGGGAGCAAAUACUGCCCGAAGGAGGUAUAUUACUUGAGGUUGUGGAUCAAGGGGAAAAUGGAGAGCCCAUUCUGGCCAUCCCGAACAUGGAUCUCCCCGACUCAGUUCCACUUCCAGAGAUUGCCGCAGAAGACGUGCAGAGUCUGGCUCCAGUUCCAGAUGAGCCAGAAGAGCAGGCCAACGACAGUUCGGAGCAUAUAGUUGUUGACGACGACGAUGAUGAUGAAACCGUCAACAAGGCUCCAAUCACAAUGACCAUUUCAGUGACACCAGAGCUCUGUUUAGAUGGAAAGGACAAGAUGGUCAUGAAGAAGGGGAAGCGGAAGGAGGAGAUUAAAGCAAAAAGCCCCACACGGAGAAAAAAGAAACUCAAAGAGCAACAACAAUCAAAAUCCGUGGAGGGAAGAGUCCUCAGGAGUGGCACUGUGACAAAAAAGGUGCAAGAAUCUCAGGAAAAGCCUGAAAAAAAGUCAGUUAAACAAGAGAAAAGGGUCUCUCUUACGCCAACUCCUUUAACUUUUUUAAAACCUAAGGAAGUAAAAUCAAAGCCUACGACAAGACUCAGAGAAAACACCGCUGCAACACGGCUACCUAAAGUUAAUGAGAAAGUUGCCCUGCCGUUGGCAUCAACACAGAACAAAGCUUUGUUGGAUGUUACCCCCGAAAAGAGUCAGCCAAUCUGUUCCGUCACACCGAGUUCCCCGAAGCCCCGUGAAAUGCCAGAACAGCCAGUCAACGCCUCUGCCGGGGCAGGAGGAAAAUUAGCAGCUCCCUCCGUUCCCCUUUCCCCAGCAUCCUCAGAGAGCCCGGCAGCUGCUUCCAGGCUGGCAACUCCUGACAUUACGCCGUCUGUCAGUGCGCCCCCAGCAGUCCCAGAGCCCAAAACCAAAUCGCUCAGUCUCGCGGAGUACAGACGGCUCCGGGAGCAGAAAAAGCCGACUCCGGCGAAGAAACAAGACGACAACAGCACCAAAUGGCCCAGCCUUCCCGAGCUCCCCAAAGAGCUCCCCCCGAUCCCCUGUCUGCCCAACCCCAACCCUACGGACCCCAGGCGGCCCGGUGCGCAGGUAGCAAAGAAGGAAGAGGAAGAGGUCAAACCUGCUUGGCAGCCGAGAGGCCCGUGUGCCCCGCCCACGCCCGAGGCGCUGCUAGUGCCGCCAGCCUACAUGAUUUCCUCAUCCAGCAAAACUGCAGCCACCGCUCCCAAACCCCAGCAAGCACCUUGCAAAUUACCCCCCAAACCCCCAGCUCCUGCCCCUACUCCCGUGAAGAAUUUAGCCACUCAUUCACACACCACUACCCAGCCUUCGUUACCUAGCGGGCCUCCGAGCUCGGUCGCUCCAGCUUCUGCCCAGCUCGUGUCUUCAGCCAACGGGAAGUGUUCUCUCGUGCUUUCUGGGGGGAAAGCUGAAAACGUUAAACUCCCCCAGGUUCAGCAUGUGCCUGCGAAGAAUGUAUAUCUUCCUAAAAGCUGUCAUGUGACCACUACAGAUGUUAUCAAACCAGCUGUUGCCACUACUCCCAUUGUGCCCCAGAGGAAUUCUGCUGUUUCACUGAUGCCCACUGAGGUGUCCACUUCUACCCACCUAAAUAAUCCGGUCAAAUCUGAUAGCAAGUCCCCCAAAAUCACGACCGGUGUUACCCAGUCCUCCUCCUCUUCCUCCGCUGCUGCUGUCGUCCUGUCGGGCUCCCGCCGUCCCUCUCCCCUCACACUUCAACAGCUGGAAACUAAAAAGAAAGUCGCUCUAGCAGUAAAACUUCAGAAAGCAAAGACUCCCACGCAGGAGUUGAUUGAAUCAUUCACCACUGAAAUAGGUAUUGAGGCUUCUGAUCUGACCAGCUUACUGGAACAGUUUGAGGAAACACAAGCCAAAGUGGAGAAAUGUGUGCCGGAGGUCUCUGGUAGAGCAGCAGCUGUAGGAAACUCGAGCAUUCCUGAGAAAAGUGUUGUGGAACGUUUAAAAGCUGAUGACAUCUCGAGCACUGCAGCUCUGACUCCUCCAGCCACUCCUCCCCACCAGAUGUGGAAGCCUUUGGCCCCUGUGGCUCUACUUGGCAAAAGCAGGACUGCUGAGACCCCCAAGUCGAGCCCCUCCAAGGUUAUCCAGAUAGAAGCCCAGCCUCUGCCCUCGUUCAGGUCCCGGAGUAAACCCACCCCUGCUGCUGCCCCAGUCUCCCCUGAGCUGGCCUGCCUGGAUCACGACUACUGCCUUCCCAACAAAGGCACCGCCGCUGCGGACCCAAGCAAGCGCUGGAAUGUUAAACAGAGAUCCUUUAUCACCAUUAAGCCAAUCCAGGAGCAUGCUCCAGCCACCACGAAGCCCCUCCCAGCUGUCUCGAAUUUUGUGAUUCCAAUCAAAAAACAACCACAGACUGAAUGCACGGUACAGAAGGUUGAAGAUAGGGCGGUGCGAAGCUCGGUUCUGGAGACUCCAGAAGCCUCCCCUUCUCACCAGGGAUCCGAGUCAACGUUUGAAGUCAGGAGCCCCAGGAGAGGACAUUUAGGGAGGUCCUACCGUCAACAUGCAUCUUCUCACUCACCCAGCCCCUCAUGCAACCCCAGAGGAAGGACCGGUCGGUGUGAAAAAAGAUCUCGUCGUUCCCCCAGUCCUAUGUCCAGCUGUUCAGACUCUUAUUCUUCUAGAUCUCGGUCUAGAUCUCAAUCACGAUCACGCUCUCCAGCUAAGAAAAGGUAUCGACGCCGUGACUCGGACAGAAGCUCCGAUUCUUCAUCCCGUUCCUCCUCGAGAUCCUCUGCCUCCAGCUCCCGCUCCCCUCCCAGAAAGAGGAGGUACUCGUACUCAUCCUCUCGCUCUGGCUCCUGGAGUCGCUCCAGGUCAAGAUCUCUGUCGCCUCAAAGACGAACAACGCGGAGGAGAAACAGACAGUUACGCAGCCCCUCAUAUCAGUCAAGCUACAGUUAUAGUUCAAAGACAGAUGGGGAAGAGGUGAAGAGGCGUAAGGAGUCAGCCAUUGAGGAGCGCCGGGUUGUUUACGUCGGUCGAAUUCGGGGAACAAUGACCCAAAAGGAACUUAGGGAGCGCUUCUCCUUAUUUGGGGAGGUUGAGGAAUGUACCCUGCACUUUAGAGACCACGGGGACAACUAUGGGUUUGUGACUUAUUACGAUACCAAGGAUGCUUUCACAGCCAUUGAGAAUGGAAGCAAACUGCGCAAACCCGAUGAGCUGCCGUUUGAUCUUUGUUUUGGUGGAAGGAGACAGUUCUGUCAGGCCAGCUAUGCUGACUUGGAUUCGAGUAGAGAGUACGAUGCGGUGCCUACAAAAGGCAAGUUUCAUGCACUAGACUUCGACACUUUACUGAAGCAGGCUCAGGCCAAUCAGAAGAGGUAGCAGCGGGCCUGCAUCACGGAGCAGCUCACACUUACCUCAGAGCCGACGGGUGGCUCCACACCUGCAACACUGUCUUUACUUUUUGGUUGUUGCUUUUAUUAUUUUUUUAAUUUUCUUUCUGCAAGCUAACACCUUCUAUUGAAGUGGAAAUUUAUAAUUAAACUGGUAAAAUUAAGGAGAGAAAAAAAAAGAAUGGAAUGAGAUUUUUUUUUUUAGAGCUUAUUUAAAUGUACUAUUGAAUUUAAAUAGUUUGGAGAGAAUUGUUUAAAGAAAAAUUAGAAUGGAAGUCUCUGAUGCUUGGGAGAUGUAAUGCAUUUGAAUGUGCUACAAGCCUGAAUAAAAUAAAAAAACAUG